ACCAUUCCAUUGAUAAUCUGAUGGUUAAAAACAAUGUUAAUGAAAUCAACAAACCAAUCAAUGAAGAUACUGUGGAACAAGAUUUCUUCGAAUCGAAAGUGUCAAAUGAUCCCAGUGUUUUUGCAAAGUUAAACUAUAUAUCAGAAGAGCAUAAAUAUUUACUUGCCACCAUGGGUCCAUGUCAACCAACACCUCAGGAAAUGCCUGGUAAACAAUUUCCUUAUACAAACGGUAGAUCAUUCCAUGAACAUUAUUAUUACGCUCAAGUAAAUAAUAAAAAAGUCAGAAGAUUCUGGUUAUCAUACUCUCCUAUCGAAAAUAAAGUUUACUGUUCUAGUUGCAAACUUUUUGGAACUCCUAAAGCUCAAAAACAGUCUUUAGCUACUGAAGGCACAAAUAAUUGGCCUAGAAUAACUGAAAAAAUUAAAUUACACGAAUGCAAGCCAGAGCAUUUGAGUUCUGAAAUAAAUAGAGGAAUGUACAUAAGUAAUCAAAGAGUUGAUAAAGGCUUACAAACUCAAAAAAAUAAAUUUUUAGCAGAAAAUCGAGAAAUAGUCUUGGCAGUUUUUAGAGCAGUGUUAUACCUAGCUAAACAAAAUUCAGCAUACCGUGGUCACAAUGAAAAAACCUCAUCUUCUAAUCAAGGAAAUUUUUUAGAACUUAUUAAUUUACUUGGAAAAUACAAUCCUUAUCUCUCACAUCACUUAUGUAAAAUUAGUGAAAAUAAAAAAAAAAAUCGUUUGACAUUUUUAUCCAACAAUACCCAAAAUAAAAUGUUAAUAAUAUUGAGUGAAAUGGUUCGAGAAAAAAUAAUUGUUGAAUUAAAAAGUAGUGGUGCUUUUGCUGUAAUUAUAGACACCACAACAGACUUGUCCAAGUUAGAGCAGUUGGCCUUUGUAGUGAGAUUUGUAACUAAUGAUGGUAAAAUUCAAGAACGUUUACUUGCACUACAAGUGGCUAGUGAUGCUAGUGGAAAAGGUUUGUUCAAUACUUUUAAUAAUAUUUGUGAAAAGUAUAAAUUAAAUUGGAAAGAAGAACUUAUUGCGCAAGCGUAUGAUGGUGCAAGUUCAAUGCAAGGCGAGUAUCAGGGAUUAAGAACAUAUGUACAAUCCCAGAAUCCAAGAGCUGUCUACAUUUGGUGUUUCGCACAUGUGUUGAAUCUUGUAGUUGUAGAUGUUUGCGAGUCAAGUAUUGAAAUUAAAACAUUUAUUUCUAACAUCCAAUCCCUGACUACAUUUAUGUCUGCUAGAAAACGGACAGCAGACUUUGUUGAUUCGCAAAUUGUAUUGUAUCCAAAUGCACGGGUAUUUAGAAUGAAAAAUCUAUCAACCACCCGCUGGACCUCACACGACCGCGCAAUUAAUGUAGUUUUUACAAAGUACUUGGCUGUUGUGAAGUCUUUAGAACACCUCACAAAAUCAUCUGACACCAGCACAUCAUCUCAAGCAAAAAGUAUUUACCAAAAUAUUACUUCAUUUAAAUUUAUAUUGACUAUGCUGUUAAUGAAAAAGAUAUUUAAUGUAACAUCACCUCUCUCGAGCUAUUUACAAUCAUCUACUUUAGAUUUUAUUCAAGCAUUAAUUUUGGUUGACAGUGCCAAAAAGCAAUUGAUUAAAUUAAGAACCGAAGAGUCGUUUAAAAUCUUAAUGAAUGAAGCAAAAGACUUUGCUAUACUACAUGAACUAGAAGAAACAAAUUUAAAAAAAGAACGGAUAAGAAGGAAGAAGAAAAUGAUAGAUGAAUUGUGCAGCGAUGAAGCCCCUAUUGAUGCUAUUAUUAAAUUUAAAACCAACGUUUAUUUUUAUACAUUCGAUGUUAUAAUUGAGGCGCUCAGCGCCAAAACAGCCUAA